AUUUGUGUGUUCGGUCUGCGACCGUUAAAAUCAGUCAAAAUUUCGGAUCCACGAGAUUUUUCCAAGAUAACCUUUUCCUCGUUUCGUCAGAGUUUCUCCUCGACAACCAAUUUUCUCAAGAGGAGAUUUUCAUCUGGUGAUCUUCAGGGCGAAGGUGAUGAACUGGAAGAUACAACGACCGGAGGAAUAAGAUCAACCGUUAUUCCAUCAACGACAAGUCAACAAUCACUACAAUCUCAGCAAUAUUCACAACAAUCAUCACCAUCGUCAUCACAACAACAACAACAACAACAACAACAACCGAUACAAUCAGGAACUGUUAACAAUAAUAGUGGACGGUCAGUUGGUCCUCGAUCAGGAGUUAUCCCAGCUAAUCAACCAUCACCAUCUCAACAGCAGCAACAAUCAAGUGAUUCAUCAAUUAAUAUCGGAAUGAAAAGCUCUACUACCUCAGCUCCAACUUCACCCGCUAAAAAUGUUUCCUCAUUCUUGUCAAGAGCGACUUCCUUGACCAGCUCAGUUACCUCCAAUGUCGCUGGUGUUGCAGGUCAGAUAAGUUCACGAAUAAAGGAUCCAAGUAAACAGAAGAUCCUUUUAGUGAUUGAUGACCAUCAAACUGAUUGGUCAAAAUAUUUUCGAGGUAAACGCUUAUCUGGUGAAUUUGAUAUUCGAGUUGAACAGGCUGAUUUUCGUGAGCUCAGUGUUACUACCAAUUCUGAACAAGGAGCAUUGUGUAGUAUAAUAACUCCUGAGAAAGGUGGAAAUCGUUCAACCAGAACCUUUCGUCCUGAUUUUCUAUUAGUUCGUCAGCACAUAAAGGAUGUUUCAUCGGAUUUCAAUGAAACACUUCUCGGUCUUAAAUAUGGCGGAGUUCCAAGUGUCAAUUCACUUCACAGUAUUUACAAUUUCGUUGAUAGACCUUGGGUGUUUUCACAAUUGAUUGGCAUCCAAAGGAGAUUGGGUCGAGAAAAUUUUCCUCUAAUUGAGCAAACUUAUUAUCCAAGUCAUCGGGAAUUGUUAACAAAUGCACCACGAUUUCCAUGUGUAAUUAAAAUAGGCCACGCUCAUUGUGGUCAGGGUAAGAUGAAGAUUGAGAAUCCAUCAGAAUUUCAAGAUAUCGUCUCGAUAGUGGCUUGUGCGAAGACCUUUGUCACCAGCGAACCUUUCAUAGACUCCAAAUGUGAUAUUCACAUUCAAAAGAUUGGUGGCAAUUACAAGGCUUUCAUGCGAAAGUCCAUAUCGGGCAACUGGAAGGCUAAUGUUGGAUCAUCCAUGUUGGAACAAUGUCCUGUCACCGAAAGGUACAAAAAAUGGAUCGAUGAAGUGUCCGAGGUUUUCAAUGGACUGGACAUUGUCACAGUUGAAGCGGUUCUGGCCAAAGAUGGACAAGAAUACAUUUAUGAGGUGACUGGUUCUCAGAUGAUUCUGAUGGGGGAAACACAGGAAGAGGAUCGACGAAUCAUAUCAGAAUUAGUUACCAGUAAAAUGCAACAUUUUUGUGGUCGACCUGUAAUCACUAAACAAUUAUCUCGAUCAAGUAUAACAACAUCAUCGACUACUGGAUAUUCAUCAGAUGAUCCAAAUGCUGGACCGACUUAUGGACAUCGACCAAAUCAAAACACGGCAACCGGAGCUCCUAGAAGAGGAUCACAAACCUCAAUUGGAUCAGCAAGUGAUCUUGGAAACGCUGGAUCAUCAACCGCCGGAGGCUCUUCGAUAGUUAAUGAGUCGAGUGGUCCAACUUCAAGUCUUGGACAAACAACCCAGCAGAUAAAAGGCCUUUUCCGUCGAGCGUCGAUCUCAACUGACGAUAGUAAUCAACCAACGGGAACUAAAUCAGAAGAUCCUGAUGAUACAAUGAAGAAUUUACGAAAAACUUUUGCUGGAAUUUUCGGUGACAUGUAACGAAAAAGUGAAUCUCAAUUGAUUUUCACCGAUUCAAUUUCUCUAUCGUUUUGAUCUCGACUCCCGUUUUCUUUGGUUUUCCAUGUUGAUGCUGAUUUUUCAUACUCUUCUGUUCAUGGGUUGUUGCUGUUUCAACUGUCCAUCAAUCUCCUUGCCCCUGCCCCCGAAUACCAUGUUUCACGGAAUUUCUAUCUCAUGAAAAUUUCCUGAACUGAUUAGUUGAACAAAAAAGUUUUCCAAAUCAAAAGUAGUUGAAAUAAUUUCGUUUGAAACAAAAUUGCAGUUGAACUUGAAGUUCAUACACGUUGACCCUUUCGCUUCACUGAUCUCCAUUUAAAGGAAUAGCUGUUAACUAAUUUAGAGUGAAUUUAUAUAACUGUAAACAAAAGUAAUAUAAUCAGUACCAGAUUAAUGAAUUAAUAUUCAUCUACACUCACAUACCCAUUUCCAAGCGGAAGUCGGAUUGUCACAUGAAAGAUUUUCGCCCGUUUCUCAAACGCGAAUCAAGCCUUUACCUGUUACCAUUAUGACAAUUUAAAUUUAGUGUUUUAAUCCGGUUGUAAAUUGUUUAAUCCUCUUCUCCUGAUCGAUGGUGAUGUUUACCUUUCCAUUUGAUUGAUUCCAACAAAGCAGACACUUGAAUCAAUGGAUAAUUGGAUUAAAUGAGUUGAUAAUUAGAAACAUUUUUUCCUCUGUUAACACUUAAUGAUGGUUGUGUGUUGAUUUCUUAUCAAAUCAAUAAAGAGAAAUGGUUUAAUUAUCACAAUUAGGAGGAUGAAGAGUAACAAAAAGUACAUAGAGCCAAUCGUUUCAAUCUUAUAAUUUAACUUUCUUUUCCUGCCGAGUCUUAACUACCAAAUAAUCAUCUGAUUGUGAUGAUUUACCUCAAUAAUUUACCAAUUUAAAAGGAUCACCUAAUGUUUUGAAUCAGUUAAUCUUAAUCCUGUUGUGUCCACUGGUGAACCUUUUGGUCAGUUUAUGCAUUUAUAACGAAUGGACUUUAAAUCAAUAUUUAUGAUCUCGCAUAAGUCAAUGGCUCAAUUAAGUUCCAAUCAAAUCAUCCUAAUUAUUAAUCAAUCAACAGUAUCACCAUUUUCAACUGAUUAACAAUCAAUUAUCAAUUCACUUGAAACUUGUUGAUUAUGGUUUCAAUUAGGUUCUCACACCUAAUGUAACAAUUUCGUUCCUCAGGAUAACAAUCUAGUCUCUUAAAUCCACUACAAUUAAUUUAUGUUGACAAUCUAAUGAUCAAAAAAAAAAAGAUUGAUUAUAAUAAUUGGAUGAAAGAAACAACUAAAUUCAAAAGGAUCGAAGCAAUUAACUAAUUGUUGUGUCAAGAGUAUAAACAAAGAAAUGCAAUUACUGUAAAUGAAAGAAAUAAGAAAGAUUAAUCAAUUUCUUAACUAAAUUGUAUUAAUAGAUCAUCUUAAUUUUCAGACUAAUUAUCAAUCUCAUGUCAAUUGUGAUUGAAUUAAUUUAGUAAUCAACUUCCUCUCUUUCUCUCUCUCUCCUAUUUGUUUUUGAUAAUCAACAAUCAAAUAACUAAAUUGCUUCAUCCUACUAGUUAAUUGUUAAUUCUCAAUUUUUCGUUAACUCAAUCCCAUAUCAUCACAAUCCAAAUUAAUUUCCAACUAACCUUCACCCAAUUAGACUAAUUAAAAAAGGUCCUUGACAAAUUGUAAAAGACCAAUUAAAGUAAUUAACUAAUUACAACAUAGAAAUUGAAAAAAAAACUGGAAAAAUAUCAAUAUUGUUAAAUUGUUGUUUUUGGUUGAUAAAAUGCUUAUCUGUGUUCAUGUUUGAUUAAUAUUAACAAUUAAAUAAUAUGUUGAGAUAUUAAAUUGAAAGCCAAUAAUCAAAAUUGAUUAUAUCAAAUAAAUGAUUAAUUUGGUUUAAAACAAAUGAUUUAAGCAAUAAAAUUAGGAUUUCCU